UCUUGUAUGUUCGCUCCUCCAUCUUCUAAACCUAAAAAACAAACAGCCGACUGAGAGAUCUUCUUUCAUUCAUUCUACGAUUCAGCAGGGAGGGAGGGAGGGAGGGAAGGUAAGGUUCAAUCAGCCAGCAAGCAAGCAAGCAAGCAGUACAAGAAAGCUCUUCUAAGCAAUUAUGCAACAGGCUGGCGGUGGCUCUGAAACUGAAGUGACAUGGGAGGAUCAGCAGAACAUCAACAAAUUUGGGAGAUUGAACAACCGACUUCACGAACUCGAAGAUGAAAUAAAGAUUGCCAAGGAAGCGAAUGAGAACUUUGAGGACGCAAGCAAUGAAUUGAUUCUAACAGAUGAAGAGGUGAUGAGGUUCCAAAUAGGUGAGGUUUUUUGUCACGUAGCCAAAGAUGAAGUCGAGAUGAGGAUCGAAAAAAUGCAAGAAACAACGGCCAAACAUUUGGAGAAACUCACGGAUGAGAAGGAGUCGGUACUUGUGGAAAUGGCAGAAUUGAAGAAGAUUUUGUAUGGUAAGUUCAAGGACUCCAUCAAUCUGGAGGAAGACUAGUAAAAUCUUAAUUCUAUUCCACCUGCUCUUGCCAGAUUCAGACUUUAUUUAUGUUUUGCUUAUGGAGAAUAAUUUUCUGUUUGUUACUUCAUUAAAUUACUUGCAUGCUUUGGUGAACCCUGUGUGAGCUACUCCAAUCAACCCUUAACUGAAGCCCGUUUAGUGUCGAGUUUCUUACACCAAGCUUGAUUAGGCUUGUGAGUCUAAACAACAUACUGUAGUUGUAGUUUUUGUGAUGAAUGAAGAUGUGAAUUUUGUUGGUCGAAAA